AUGGCGUCUGAGAUCAAAUCAAACGGUCGAGGCUCUGUUCGAUUAGUACUUUCCUACAUCAUCGACUGGAUUAUAAUAAUAGCAAUUGCAGCAGUCGGCGCUGGAUUCUCGGUCGCCACGCCCAAUAAGAGACCCUUCGAUGUCACCGAUGCAGACAUCUCCUUCCCAUAUGUCACAAAGGAAAAGGUCUCAACAGGCCUGCUGGUAGCCAUCGGGCUUGUCGUUCCAGCCAUUAUUACAUUCAUCGUAUGCCUCGCGGUCGUACCAGGUCCCGCAUUUGAGAGUGCUUCCCGUUCGAAGAUUUGGAAACGCAAGAUAUGGGAAUGGAACGCUGCAUGGAUGGGCCUUGGGCUCUCGCUGGCUAUUGCUUUCAUGAUCACAUCUGGCACGAAGAAUUUGGUUGGAAAGCCAAGGCCUAAUAUGCUUGCUCGAUGUGAACCGGAUCUGUCGCGACUCCUGAAUAGCACGGUCGGGGGAAUUGGUAAUCAGGUCGAUGAAGGAAUCAACCUCGUCUCUUGGACCAUCUGCCGUAAUUCUGGUUCGACAUUGGAUGACGGGUUCAGAAGCUUUCCUAGCGGUCAUUCGUCAUUCUCCUUCGCCGGCCUGACAUAUUUCGCCUUGUUCCUCUGUACUAAAUUGGCAGUCACUAUACCCUUCCUUAACUACCAAGACAUAGACAGGAACAAGCAGCAUGUUAAGCCUCGCAAGCAAGCAGCUGCGCCGCCUACCUAUCUCAUUAUCUUCCCGCUUGUAUCCAUCAGUGCCGCAAUCUAUAUCUCUUCGACACGGUAUUCCGACUUCAUGCAUCACGGCUUCGAUAUCAUCUCUGGUGCAAUCCUGGGUAUCGUUAGCGCAUGGCUUGGCUUCCGCUGGUAUCACCUUCCAAUCAGCCGAGGUGGAGGCUGGGCAUGGGCGCCUCGAAGCUCUGAUCGAUCUUUUCGCAGAGGGAUUGGGCUUGUGACCUACGCCAGCGACGAGAAAUCAUACGAUCGGAACGGGAGAGAUCUCGAGUGUGGGCCCGGCGGUGAAGCGGUAUCUGACGGUAAUGGAACCGUACGGCCAUAUAAGACCAGCGAGGGCAGCGAAGGCAUCGCGCUAACGGAUCUGGAUCAUGUUCAACCACCCGGAGUGGGCGACUCAAGUAGGAGGUCGUUUCAGUAG